CGCUUGCGCAAAGAAAGCCCUGACGACUUGAGCAUAUCAGCUUUGUCCGUCUCCAGUGUUGCCUCGGUACACGCAAACACACUCUUCGCAUCGCUUCCCUCUCGUCUUUGGCCCCAUUACUCCUGCUAUUUGGUUUUUAAGUGACCCGUACAGAAAGCACAGCCAUGUCGCCCGUCUAUACACCUCUCGAGCCGAGCCGGUCAGAGAUCCGCGUGCUGAGUCUGCUCCCCGAUGAGCAUGGCGGCCCGGUCCACUGUAGGCUCAAAAUCGUCUCCCUCGACGCAAACCCAUCCCCAUCCUUCGAAGCGCUGUCAUACGCCUGGGGCGGCAACUCGACCACGAAACCGAUAAAAGUGGACGGCGACGACAUGCAAGUUACUGCAAGCCUCGAAAGGGCACUGCGCAGGCUGAGAAGAUCGGAUCCCCGCGACAUCUGGGCAGAUGCAGUCUGCAUCAACCAGACGGAUAACCUGGAAAAGAACGUGCAAGUGCCGCUGAUGGGCAGGGUAUAUUCGGAGGCCUCCAAGGUCUUGGUAUGGCUGGGCGAGUCCAAUGCCUACAUCGACAAGGCAAUCGCAUCCUGCCGCAAGUCUUCGGGGUCGCCCGAGGCUGUAGCGUCGUCUCUCGAAAUCCAUAUCGGCAUUUUCGACAUUCUAUCGCGCCCUUACUGGAGCCGCAUGUGGACCUUCCAGGAGCACAUCCUGGCCCGCGACGAGCCCGUGCUGUUUUGUGGCGCGAAGAAAGAGUUCCUGGGCUCGGAGGUGGUCGAGCUAUGGGAUUUACUUCCAAACUUGAACGAGCCCAACCGCGCGCCGAUGUACAGCACUCAGACUAUCAUCCGGACGAAAGACUUCCUCGGCCCCAAUCUAAGCCUCCAAGCGAGGGUGAUGGGAGAGAUCAGCGACCGGCGCUCGAAACAAGCCAGGGCCCGAGAAUUUUCGCUCAUGGAGCUCCUCUUCGCCACUAUCCAUCGCUGCUGCCACAACCCCCGGGACCACAUAUACGGUCUCUACGGGAUGAUCGAUUUAGCGGCGGAAGACGACGGUAAUCCACUCCCAGCUGUGGAUUACAACCAGCCGCACGAGGAGGUCUUCUGGAACGCGACGGUGCACAUAAUCCGCCGGCGCCCGCCGGCGCUUUUUUCGCUGGCUACAUCGUUUUCAUUUUUCCCGAACCGUUUUAACCAAGGCGCUUGCGGCAACGCCCGCUACCCGUCCUGGGUGCUGGACUUCGCCAGCUCCGGCCCCGAGCAGCCGGUCUUUGACACCAUGACAUCAUUCGUGCCAUUACACCCGAAGUUCUCGUCACAGGAGCCGCAAAACACCGCAGGCAGCGGCGGCAGCAGCGACGCCAACAGCAGCUCCCGGUUUGUAAUUUCGCACGACCGGAGGAUGCUGCACCUGGACGGCUGGCAGCUCUGCAGCUCAUUCACCACGGUGUUGCUCGAGACCGACUUGGUGGCAUUGGCUGCCCAAAUUAUCAAGCUGUUCUACUCUCCGCCCCAUGUCCAGGACAACCAAGACGAGGAACAGUGGCUAUUUGAGGCGCGCCAGUACCGGCGACGAUUAGCAACCGCCCUCAACGCAGUCAAUCCCAGGAUGAUCACCAGAGAGCACAACCGCGGCGCUGAGGGCGCGGCGGAUAAACUGGAGAAUCAGCCGCUGGAGCAUCGGCUGUUGGAGUUACUGCGCGAAAACGAGACAAACAACGUGGAGCACGAACGCUUUGACAUGCUCGUUUAUAUGCGCGCGGCAAUCCUCCUAGGACUCGCAGGCAAACGCCUAAUCUUCCCUUCAGGGCCUGGAGGCAUCGGCUUAACUACCUGCGAUGCCAUGGAUAAGCGGGACGUCAUCGUCGUGUGCGAGCCUCUCGGCAUACCCGUGGUCUUACGGCCAAUGCAGUCAACUGGGCGCUACCGGAUGGUUAGCUCCGCAUACGUUAGUGGUGUUAUGCAGGAUGAGUGUUUCGAUAGCGAGGUGGUAGCCAGGGUGAAAAGUAGCGGCAUAUCUAGGUUUAUCGUUGAGUAGGAAUAGGGGAUGGGAGUUUUGCACUGGGGGCCCUUUACGCGUGAAUAGCAUAACGUUAAUAUCCAUCCUAUAGCUCG